GAUUAGCCAUGUGGAGAAUACGGCCAUAAUUCAGGGGAUCAAUAUGGAAAGUACCAAUUAAAUAAUCCUCCCAAGACUUUACACCUUCAUCCCACACAGCUCGAGGGAGUUUCACCAUUAUCUUACCAUCAACAACAAGAGGCGGAUGAUAAACCAGGGGUUUUCUUGGGCGACUGGAACAUUCUUUAUGACUUCCGCCCAAGAACUGCGCUUAGUCGGAGAUUUUGCAACCGGAGAUGGAGCUGGCGGUUCUGGAACACAGGUGGCAGAAAUGGGACUGGGUAAGGGAGAAUGGAGGGAAGAAGGCGGGGAAAGGCAAGGGAAAGAGAUGUUUAAUGGCGGUUUCGCCAUUGCAAACCAGGGAUUUUACUCGGGUAAUCGGACUGAAUUCAGGCUUUCAGACGAGGUAAAGCAAGCAGGAUUCCGCAUUGAACCUGGCGAACUAGAAUCCAUCUGUCGGUCUCAUGACAUCAAUUCCUUGGACUUCAAAGGAGGAGUUGAAGGAUUGGCAAAGAAAGUCUCUGUUUCUUUAAAUGAUGGUGUUGUUUCAUCAGAUGUGCCUGUCAGGCAGAGGAUAUAUGGAUGUAAUAAAUAUGCAGAGAAACCUUCCAGAUCAUUCUGGAUGUUUGUGUGGGAAGCCCUCCAUGACCUGACACUGAUUAUUCUCAUGGUUUGUGCUGUCGUCUCUAUUGGUGUUGGCAUUGCUACUGAAGGGUGGCCAUCAGGAAUGUAUGAUGGGCUCGGAAUAGUUCUAUGCAUUUUCUUGGUGGUGCUCGUCACUGCCGUUAGUGACUACCGGCAGUCGUUGCAGUUCAAGGAAUUGGACAAAGAAAAGAAAAAUAUAAUCGUUCAGGUGACUAGAGAUGGCAACCGGCAGAAAAUUUCAAUCCAUGACUUGGUGGUCGGAGACAUCGUUCAUCUAUCAAUAGGUGAUCAGGUUCCGGCGGAUGGGGUUCUCAUUUCCGGUUACAGCUUGUCAAUUGAUGAAUCGAGUUUAUCAGGAGAGAGUGAACCGGUGAGUAUAACCAAUCGGAAGCCUUUUCUUCUUGCCGGAGCUAAAGUCCAGGAUGGCUCAUGUAAAAUGUUGGUCACCACCGUUGGAAUGAGAACGGAAUGGGGGAGACUGAUGGUUACCCUGAGUGAAGACGGUGAUGAUGAAACGCCAUUGCAGGUGAAGCUCAAUGGGGUUGCUACUGUGAUUGGAAAGAUUGGUUUGACCAUCGCUGUUUUGACAUUUUUGGUUCUAACGACGAGGUUUUUAGUUACCAAGGGGAUGAAAGGCGAAAUUGGAAAAUGGUCACUGGAGGAUGCCUUGGUGCUAUUGAAUUUCUUCGCCAUUGCGGUGACUAUAAUUGUCGUUGCGGUCCCAGAAGGGCUGCCGCUGGCAGUGACGCUAAGUCUUGCUUUUGCAAUGAAGAAAUUGAUGAAUGAUAAAGCUCUGGUGAGACAUCUCUCUGCUUGUGAAACAAUGGGUUCUGCUACCUGUAUUUGCACGGAUAAAACAGGAACAUUGACGACGAAUCACAUGGUUGUCCAUAAAUUCUGGACGUGUGGAGAAAUAAGAACAGUUCAGAGUAAUGGAGAUCUUGAUGGAUUCAAGUCCUCUGUAUCUGAAACGGUACUAAACAUUCUCCUGCAAUCAAUCUUUCAGAACACCGGUUCAGAGGUGGUUAAGGGAAAAGAUGGGAAGAAUACCAUUCUGGGUUCUCCCACCGAGAAGGCGAUAUUGGAAUUUGGCUUGAAUCUGGGUGGUGACUUCAAGGUUCACAGGAAGGAGUCCGAAAUUCUAAAGGUUGAGCCUUUUAAUUCGGUAAAGAAGAAGAUGUCUGUGCUUGUUUCUGUUCCGGACAAAGGCUUCAGGGCUUUCUGUAAAGGGGCAUCGGAAAUCAUUCUUUCAAUGUGCCACAAUAUGAUGAAUGCUGAUGGGAAGGUUGUGGCUUUAUCUGAUGAUCAGAGACAGAGCAUAUCCGGUGUCAUUAAUGACUUCGCCGAUCAAGCUUUGAGAACUCUCUGUUUGGCUUUUAAGGAUGUUCAGAACGUUUCUACUUCAGACAGUAUUCCUGAAGAUAAUUAUACCCUCAUAGCGAUAGUUGGAAUCAAGGAUCCAGUCCGGCCGGGGGUGAAGGAAGCCGUCAAGACUUGUUUAGCUGCUGGAAUCAAAGUCCGCAUGGUCACUGGUGACAACAUCCAUACUGCUAAAGCCAUAGCCAGAGAAUGUGGGAUAUUGACAGACGACGGUCUGGCUAUUGAAGGGCCAGAUAUUCGGGACAAAAGUCCUCUGGAGAUGGCGGAACUAGUACCAAGAUUACAGGUCAUGGCCCGGUCCUUGCCUUUGGAUAAGCACACGCUAGUAACCCACUUAAGGAAGCAGUUCAAAGAAGUGGUGGCAGUAACUGGUGAUGGGACCAAUGACGCGCCUGCCCUCCACGAGGCUGAUAUCGGACUUGCCAUGGGGAUAACCGGGACAGAAGUUGCAAAAGAAAACGCCGAUGUCAUCAUAAUGGAUGACAACUUCACUACCAUAGUGAAUGUAGCCAGAUGGGGUCGGGCAGUUUAUAUCAACAUCCAGAAGUUUGUACAGUUUCAGCUGACUGUUAACAUCGUUGCUCUUAUGCUCAACUUUACUUCUGCAUGCAUUUCAGGGUCUGCUCCUCUUACAGCUGUUCAGCUGCUAUGGGUGAACAUGAUCAUGGACACCCUUGGUGCAUUGGCAUUGGCUACAGAACCUCCACACGAUGGACUGAUGAAAAGGCCACCAAUUGGGAGGAAUGAGAAUUUCAUCACGAGGAUUAUGUGGAGGAACAUCUUAGGACAGAGCAUUUACCAGCUUGUCAUACUUGCCAUCCUCAACUUCGAUGGGAAACGUCUUCUGAACCUGUCCGGUUCAAAUGCUACAGAAACUCUUAACACAUUCAUAUUCAAUACCUUUGUGUUCUGCCAGGUAUUCAAUGAGAUAAACAGCAGGGAUAUGGAGAAGAUAAAUGUCAUUAGAGGGAUCUUUGGUAGCUGGCUUUUCAUCAUGGUUAUGGUCUCCACGGUAGCAUUCCAAAUUGUGAUCGUUGAAUUCUUAGGCACUUUUGCAGAGACUGUGCCGCUCAGCACAGAAUUGUGGCUGGUCAGCAUCUUGGCCGGAGCAGGAAGCUUGAUUAUGGCCGUCAUCGUGAAGUGCAUUCCCGUUGGAAUUGGAAAAGAAGCUGCUGCUAUAACCAAGCACCAUGAUGGCUAUGAACCCCUACCAAGUGGACCGGAUUUGGCUUGAGACUGAUUUUGAUUUUAUUCAGGAAUCAAAUGCAGAAAUCUCACUACAGUUUCAAACAAGAAUGCUGUUAGUAAGUUGUUCUGUUCAGUCGCAUCGGCUUUAGGAACUGUAAUUUUGGAGUAAACUUUUUCUAAUGAU